UCAUCUCAUUGCCUUGCUACACGGAUCGGUCAGCAAGACAUGUAAACAAGUGAGACGAAUAGUUGCAGCGAUUGCAGCAUACAGACUUUGUUGGUCGGUUGUUUCUUAUCAUCAACAGUGCAUAGAUAGAAAAUCUUGGAAAUCAUGGACAGAUUCAAUGAAUACUGGGAGUUACUUUCGGAUAAAAGCGUCCCGAUUGGGAAGGAACUGAUAACGUAUUACAAGACACUGCAUGAAAACGAGGACGGUGCAUCUUUAUCAGAACGAAGUUGCAGUUUUCUGCUGCAAAAUCUACUAGUGAAUCCCUAUCCUACCUGCCAACUGUUACGUCUGCUGGCGACGUCUAAGAUACCUUACAAAAAUCAUGUCAUUAGAGAGAUAUGCGAUGCUGGUAUUGUAGAUUUUUUGGAGGGUUAUGCAGAGGAUGAUGUGGACAAAUUUUAUAACUUGAUUUCAAAUAGUCUACUUUCUACUGAUGCUAUGAAUAAAUUGGUUCCAAAGGUUUUAUCGUUGCUCGAAGAAAGGAAAGUAGAUAGAGAGCUUCUGUUGCUAGCUUUAUUAUCUAGAAAGUCUCAGAAACUGCUUAAACAGUUCCUCAAGCAAAUGCCCGUCGCACCGGAAAUGCAAUACUUACUUGGUGUUAUCGUCGAAAAGAGACACUUUCUAAAAGAUGUUAUAGUUGCAGCUGAAAUACCAUUUCAUGAUCCGGCAAUCAGAUCUUAUAUCAGAUUUUUCCAAUUGAUCAAACAAUUCAAUGUUGGAACUACAGAAGGGUUCGUACGGCUUGACCCAGAACCACAAGUAUCGAUGAAUAAUGCUCUCACCAUGUAUGGUCUUGAAAUGAAGCGCACAUUGGUUCUGCGAGAUCUCCUAGGGGAAUCGGACAACGUUCUGCGAAUUGAAGAGUACGCCAAAGAAAAGUCUGUGAUAGAAAUUUUUUUGAAGGAAAACCGGAAAAUAACUCCUUCCUGCUAUGAACAGAUUCUGGCAUGCAUUAAUGAAAAUGAUAAACUAAAUGACGAAAUUAAUAAGCUAUGUUUUCCAAAUGAAACCGAAAGUGCCGAAUCGGAAGAUUUGAAGUGUUUGUACACUUUCAUGCUGUGGCAGUACAUAGUAGACGUAAUGAAACUUUCACCAUGCGUAAAGUCUUUCGAAAGUGUUCUAGAGAGUCGAAUAACCAGCAUCAAAGGUAUCUUGAAAUCAGUCGACAGCCUAAAUAUGUUUGUGGACCUGCUAGAAAAUGUUAUCAUCCUGCUUUUUAUACGCCAUGAACACUUUCUACAGAAAUCGCACGGAUCGAUUGGCUUUGUAUGCUCAGAUAGAGUUUUGGAAACAAUUUUGAAUAGUUUAAAAGUGCUAACACUUACAAAACGUCAUGCAGCAAAUUAUACGAAAGCGAGUGAUGAGUUAAAAAUUCGUAUCGAUAAUUGUAUGGACAUUAUCAACGAUGCGCUCUGGAGGCUGUCGCUUUUUACUGGCCUGAUUUCGGAAACUCCUUCUUUACCCCAACUGGUAGAUAUCGACUACAGCAAUAUUGCCGUAAAACGGCAAGAUUCACUUUCGGGGCAGGAUGAGAAUGUUUUCAAUAGUGCCGAGUCAUUGCCCAAUUAUACGCACAGAAAUUCCACUCUCCCAAAGAGGAAACAUUCCAGACGUCGUCCAUAUUCAUGGCAGCUAUCAUCAAGUGGAUCUACCGAGAACAAAACCAUGCAGCAAUCUCUUCCACUUCCGUGCAGAAUCGACACGACUGUGGAUCCGACUAUCACAGCGAUGAUUAACAAGCCUAAGAGCAUUUUUUCUAAGAUGUUUGGAACGCCGGAAAAGCUCGCCACCCUUUGUUUGGUUAAUCGUGAUUUGGAAGCUGCUAGAAUGAUUAUAAAAAAUAAUCAGCUCUUCAACAGUCCUAUUGGGCAAAAUCUUACCUUCUUGGAAAGCUUUACUCACAUCCAGGAGCGACUUUCCACUUUGAUUACAAACUACAACCGAAUGCAACAGGAAAAGCUCAGCGAAAACGGAUCUAUGUUGGAAGACAUUCGCGCUAGAACAGCAAUCGGAUUUGAAGCUUCCAAGAUAAUUGGCACCGUUGAAACUUUCUCCGCUGGACAACAAAUACAGCAAAGUGAGGAAGAUUUAAGUCUACUUAGAAAAUAUGGUUCCCAGUAUCCAUUCUUGAAGGUUUUUCGCGAGGAGCUACUGCGUAACAUUCACGCUAUGGAUAUUAUUUUGGGACUUCCCAUGGGUUACGAUUUAAACCUAAAUCUGUAUAAUCUCAUUUCGAAAAGUUUAGAAAAAACCGAACUUGAGGAUGGAGCUAACUUGAGCUACGUAACUUUCCUGAAACGUUUGAUUGAUGAUUUGAAACAGUUUAGAAACGCAGGGUUCGCAUCACAAUCGAUUACCCUACACGGGUUAUUAAGUUCGGAUGUGUGCCCUUUGGACCCCAACCAGUUGGUUCCGAUGUUGCAGAAACGUCGUAGUUUAAUGACGCUCAAAUCUGCGGAGGAUUUGCGUCAGCAGGAUCAGAAAAGCCAUUGGAGAACGUUUGCGAAAAUUGAAAAAUUUCAACAAGGCACCAAACAGCUUGCUAAAAUCUUCAAGAGUGAUAUGGAAGCAUUCACAUCGGAAGAUGCCAUGAAAACUGAUGUAUCGAGUCUUAUAAGUAGGGCGGCAUUUGAGAACGUACUCCCAUUGCACACGGUGGAAUCGCUGGCGGCUCGUACAAAUUCAAAUCUGAUUCAUGUGAUUGCCCAAAGCUUUGUGGUCGGAAUUGGCCAGCAAUCUACAUUCGAUGGUACGAAUAUUUCAGAUAUACUGAAUUAUGUUUCUCGAAAAAAUGAGCUUCUGGGGUUGCUCUUGAAAGAAUUAGCUGCCGUUGAAAACGGCGAUAAUUUGUUAAAACGUUUUAAUCAGCUUACCGUGUUGGAUGCUUUGCAGCCCUUGUAUGGUAGUAAAAUGUUAGCUACCUUGAAUUACGACCAAUUAAAGUUGGAUGUAGCUUCUUUCGAAAAGCUCACUGACGAUGAGCAAUGCAUUCGACUACUGGAUAACAUGGCGAGACGCUGGACAGAUGACCACCAACAAAUUGAACCGUUUCGUCAUCGAAUCGUAACGCGAUUGCUAAAUUCAGAAAACCCCGGCAAGGACGACUCACUGGAACAAAUCUUUUUUGCUACAAAAGACGUGAACUGUAAAGCACAAUACUUACUAACGUGUAUCGAUCGAUUUUCGAAUGCGAAACGAAAUAUGGAGAUGAUUAAAAGCGUUUUGCUCGAAAAAACAGUCUCGGAAUUAACAACCGAAACGAGACAAAAUCUGGAAAAGUAUCUUUUCCAUCUGGAAGUUUACGAUCAAGUCGCAGCAGUGCUUGAUAUCGAGGAUUGGCGCACGGCUCGAAACCUUUCCGAGAGCAACAAAAAUUUGAUUCUUCAUCAGUUAGUGCAGAAAAAACAGUAUGAUUUGUGCUCCCGAUGGAUUCAAGUUCAUCCAAUCACCAAUGAUGCUGACACCGUUUUGCUGGAUGUAUUCACUUUGGCCGUUAUUAAGGCAUCCAAAGAGGACGGUAACUGUUCAGCCCUGCUAGUGUUGAUUGAACAAAUGCCCAUCGAUCGAGUGGUGCGGUUUUAUGAGACCAUUCUACUUGGUGUCAAGGAGAGAGACAUUAUACGACAUGCCGUGAAAUAUCUGGAAAAAAAUGGAACCAAUCAAAAAGUUUAUCAAAAAUAUUGCGUUUCUUUGGAGAUCUUUCACCACCUACCAAGCAAUGAAUCGGAGAAACUUUGGCAUCUGAUAAGUCGACCGCUGCUAGUGAUUGAGCAGUAUUUGAUGAACUCCAAACUGGAGCUACUUUCUGCGGUGAUAGCUUCGAUUCGUCCUUUACUGAAGGAUAAUGUAUGUCAGAUUUGCUACGAACAGCGUGAAUACAUCCGAGAUCUCCAUCUGGCAGGCCGUCUUAGUGGUUCGAUCAAUUUAGAUUCCAGCCAUGACGAUCAAUUUCUCACUAACGAAUGCAUUGACUGCCUGUUGCGAAUCUACGCCGGCAAAGCAUUGGAUUACAGAGUGUUUGGGGACAACGGAACAUCCGGUGAAUCCAUGCACGAUCAAAGCGUAGAAUCUUACAGCCUAGAUUCAUUGUGCGGAGCAUUUGUAAUGCCCAAAGAGGUUCCUACUAGGGAAAGCUGGGUGAGAGAUGAGGACGCCUCGCAUUGUAUGUGCUGCCGUAGGAGCGUAUUUUCCAUGUUAAACAGGCGUCACCAUUGCCGACGGUGUGGCAGAGUGGUCUGUCACGCGUGUUCCAAGAAGAAACUGGAGAUUCCGGAACUUUACGAAGAAGUUCCCGUUAGAGCAUGCGAUGAUUGCGUAAAACAAACACACAAAAAGCCCAGCAUUCCAGUGGAAAGUCCUGGAAAGCCCUCCCAAAGGUACGAAACCGAUCAAUGGCAACUAACAGGGAAUGUACGUAAUGAUAACAUAAUGCGGGAUGAAUACAGUUAUGAAUAUGCACCUUCCACGAGUCAGUGCUUAGCCAUUUGUAAUCUCCACAGUCAGAAUGAGGAACUAUCGAGCUUUUUACUCUACCAUUGUGCCAAAUUGGAAAAACUCCUUCGUCCAAUUUUGCCUGGAUAUCCGAAUCCGGAAAUCGACUACGCUCUGGUGGCGCGAAUGUUGUCGAAUCUCACACUUGCUGCCAGAGUGCGAGGCCUGCAGUUUUCGGAAGCUGAUAAAAUGAAAGAACAUGCCGAGAUCGUCCUGUCGAUCGUGAGCAACGAUUGCGAAUCUCUUCUGUUGCAAGAACCAAUGAGCAGUUCGAAUCUCCGCAAACUGCGGGACGCUCUCGUGAUGGCAGAGAAAUGGAAACUUGCUCUAGAAUUGUCACUGAAAUGUGGUUUCGCUACCAGCGGAGUUAUGGCUGCUUGGGGAACAACAUGCCUACGUGCGGGCUGUUACGAAACUUCUAGGGAAAAGUUCUCCCAUUGCCUACAAAAACUGUCCACAGACACCGAUUACAGUUCAAUCCUAAGUUUCAUUGAAUCACCGGAAACAAAUACCUGCAAUUACAAGCAGACAGUGUUGAUUAAGCGUCCUAUUAGAAGUCCUCCAUUGCUUCUAGAAAUUAUUAGCAUACUGGAAUCAACAGCCCAAGCUCAGCCACCGGAGGUAAUCGCUCGAGCAAGCGUCAUUAAAAGCUCCAACACUUCACUGUCGUCGAGCAUCCGCAGAAAAACCAAGAACAACAUUCCCCUACACGAACCAGCUCUGAACGUCCUAAAUACCCUCUCGAAUUUGAAACACAUAACCAAGGGAAAUUUCACCGAUUUUCUCCCGGAAAAGCGAGCGCUGCGAAACCGCGACCCAGCGGCAUCUACCAGCAACACGUCAACGGACUAUCUGCAUGCGCUUGACUGCAUCAUGAGUACCAGAUUCUUCGAAGAAUCCAUGUACUAUCUAUUGAACUAUGGAGCUCAUCAGGAUAUCGUCAACUUUCUGGUCAAACACCGCCAGAUUCUACCGGCGAUGAAGUACACCCUUACGCAACAGGUCGAGCCGGAAGUAUUCCUUCAAACUGUUCUCCUGCCCUACCUGAAAGCCGGUAAACUCGAAACGGUGAUCCAAGUGAUGAGCAGCAUGGACGAAACAUUGCUGGUUUGGAAAAACUACAUCAUCCACACGUGCCGCUAUCUGGAAACGAAUCGCAUGCUAAACUGCUUGUACAACCUGCAGCUGCUGCUACGAGAUCCGAUUCGAGCCAGUAUGACUUGCGUCCGUUUCUACUCUAUGGAUGCGAAAUCCUUCGCCGAACUGGAAGCCAACACAUUCCAUCUGAAGAACAGUGCAGCUCACCUGCAGGCUGAGCUGGAACUGUGCAACUGGGAAGAAAUCAGCGUCGACAGUCUCAGCGAUCGAAGUGAAACGCAUAAGAGUUUGCUCAUGAAGAUGGAACCGAAAGAGUUGAACAACCAUAUCAACACUAUCCUUCGGCAGCUGGAGGUCACAAAGUUUCUGUCGAACUGUGAAGCCAAGGGGCGGGAUGUUGUUGGACUGUUGCCAAAGUUGUUUAUUGAAUCAUCCAGAAUUCCAACCUUGUUUGGAACGGUUCACGAAAAACAGCAGCUAGCCGUGUUGAUUCUCAUCUGCGGGCAGAACAUCGAGGAAGGAUUUGGAUUAUCAUAUAGGGUAAUACAGGACUUUAAUCUGAACAACCUUCGCGUGUACGGUCUGGCAGCAAAGUACUUUAUGAACCAUUCACAAGUGGAAAAUGUGGAAAAGUUACUUCAGGCAAUUGCUAGCAACAGUUCGGCCAACGUGGAUACCAACAGCUUUUGCGACGAAAUAAUUAAGGUUUCGGUGGAGUCGGCGAUCGCUACCCACGGUAACAGCUCCCAGGUGAAGACGGCCCUAGAGGCACUUAUCAAGCGAGUCAGCGAUGUUGGGUUGAAAAUUCACUGCUACAUAGUAACAGGGCAGCUUAAGACGGCGUACCUGCUGGCGAACAAGACAGCUCGAAUGAGUGAUAUUCGCAAGAUUCUACGCCAAGCCGAAACUCUCAACCAAGUGCACGUUAAAAGGCUUUGCGAAACAAAGCUGGCGGCUGAGAAUGGUUCGAGGAAGUAGUCUGGUUUGGAGUUUUAUUUUAACAAUUGUUAUUGUAGUUAGAUAGAUAUUAAGCCGUAUGAAUAAACCAGUUUACUUUACUUUUCCCGUUUAAAUCGUAUGGGAGCAUUUGCUCUAACUCUUUUAUUCAUACGGCCUAUUGUAGCAAUGUUUAUUGUGAUACUCGAAAAAUAUUAUG